AUGAAAACAAAUUCAUUAUCAUCAUCAUCAUCACCAACAUCAUCAUCAUUAUCAUUAUCAUCAUCAUCAUCAUUAUCACCAUUAUCAUCAUCAUUACCAACUCUGCCAAUAUUUGAGCUUUUUCCCUUUUCAUCAAUUAUGUUUACACAUAUGUUUGCUUAUGUGUAA